AUGGCCUCUACACCACGUUUGCACCCUCCUUUCCGUGCGGAUCACAUUGGGUCCUUGAAGAGGCCACUGGCGCUGUUGAAGAAGCGGAAGGACUUCGAUGAGGGGAGAUGUUCGCUUGAAGAGCUGACGGUGGUGGAGGACGAGGCUAUCAGGAACGCUAUCCAAAUGCAGAGGGAGGUGGGCAUCAAGGCGAUCACAGAUGGCGAGUUCAGAAGGCAUAUCUUUUAUGAGGGAGUCUUCGACAACCUUGAUGGCAUGAAGUAUAUCCCCGAAGUUCCGCUGGAAUGGUUCAUGGACUAUGUCCCGGAUGUCGAAGCAUUCAAGAUCCAUAAUCGUAACGGCGUUCCUUCUUACAUAUGCGAAUCCAAACUGAAACGUACCAAGCCAUUUUACAUUGGUCAGUUCGAAGCUUUGAAAAAACUCACGAAGCCAGAGGAACACAAGAAUCUGAAGAUCACUAUGUGCGCUCCAGAAUGGUUCCAUCUCCGGCAUGGACCAUAUGCUUAUCCGAAGUCUGUAUACAAAGAUGAUGAUGAAUAUUUCGCAGAUGUAGCGCAGGCAUACCGUGAAGAGAUCCAGGACCUCUACGCUGCGGGGUGUCGGAAUCUUCAGAUCGACGCGCCUCUUUUCACGUUUUUCUGCGACACGAAGAUGUUGAAGGGAAUGGAGGAGAGCGGUGUUGACCAUGUUGCAUUGUUCGACACGUACUGCAGAGCCUACGCGGCUUGCUUUGAGGGGCAUCCGCAAGAUAUGAUAGUUGGGAUUCAUCUGUGCCGUGGUAACUUCAAGGGUGGACGGCACUGGAGCGAAGGAGGUUAUGAUCGUAUAGCAAUCAAAAUCUUCCAAGAGAUACCAGUCGAUACUUAUUACCUUGAGUACGAGACUGAACGUGCGGGUAACUUUGAACCCCUUCGCUGGCUUCCACGGAACAAGUCCGUCGUUCUCGGUCUCGUGUCAAGUAAAUUUCCUGAGAUGGAGGUCAAGGAAGAGCUCGUCAGGCGAGUACACCAGGCUGCGGAAAUAAUUGCAAAUGGAGAGGAUAAGCGGUCAAAGGAAGAAGCAUUGAACCAGAUAUGUAUCAGCCCACAAUGUGGAUUUGCAUCACACAUGGAGGGUAAUCCAGUCACUGAAGAGAACAUGAAACAUAAGCUCAGUCUUGUUGUUGAGACAGCUGGCAUAAUAUGGCCAGGCAAUAUCUAG